UAUUUUCCGGUCAAUUUCAAAUUACAGUAGCUCUUGUUCGGAGAGAUAAUGGCACCCAAGCGGGCCAAAAGCAAGACCGAUUCCCCUGCUCCUGCUCCUUCCCAUAAUGCAAGUGGCGGGGAAAAUUUUCCCGCGUCUCUCCGUCUGAUUCCUCCGGCCACGGUGGCCGUCACAGUGCAUGCCAAACCUGGUUCCAAAGUCGCUUCAAUCACAGAUGUGAGUGGUGAUGCGGUAGGAGUUCAGAUAGAUGCACCUGCGAAGGAUGGAGAGGCAAAUUCAGCUUUACUUGAUUUUCUAAGCACUGUUAUUGGAGUAAAAAGAAGGCAGUUAUCUAUAGCUUCUGGUUCAAAGUCAAGGGGCAAAGUGGUACUGGUUGAAGAUGUCACUCUAGACAAUGUUUAUAAUGCUUUGAAGAAAAACUGUGAUUGUCACUGAAGAAAAUUGGAUAGCUCAGAGUUUGAACACAUAAGUGUUCAAUCGAGGACAUACCAUGCUAAAGGAUUCCAAAUCAGGGCAGUUUUACAUUAUAUCCUUCAGUCAAUUGGGGUUUGCUCUUGUUUUACUUUCAUCUUAAUCCAAUGUAUAUUCAAUCAGAUUGAAUAGAUAAAAGACAAAGCUGUUUUUCCAUUUGGAAAGGAUGAGCCAACAAUGGAGAUAUGAUUUACUUUUUUUUUGAAUGAAUGUGAACUGAGAUAUGGUUUGCUUU